UCCAAUAUCUCUCUACUCUCUUCCUCAGUCCACGACACACCCAUAAACCCUCAUUCCUCAUUAUCCGCUUCUCCCGUUAAUAUUUCCAUGGCACCAAACAGCCAAUCAUCCCUAAGUGAAGGCAAGUGUGUCAUCCCAAUGACCACAAACGACCUCGAGCACCAAACAACCCUAGACCAAAAGGAGUUUGACUACUCCAAACGUUCCCAAUGGCUCCGCGCCGCCCUCCUAGGUGCCAGCGAUGGAUUAAUCUCAACUGCGUCGUUAAUGAUGGGAGUUGGAGCUGUGAGACAAGACAUUAAGGCCAUGAUACUAACCGGGUUCGUGGGACUAGUAGCCGGGGCAUGUAGUAUGGCCAUUGGAGAGUUUGUCUCCGUGUACUCCCAGCUGGACAUAGAGGUGGCUCAAAUGAAAAGGGACAAUCAGAAAAAGAAAAAGAACCAACAAGUACACGUGGUAGAAGAUGAUGGUGGCGAUGGAGAUGAUGAGGAGAGUCUGCCCAAUCCUUUACAAGCAGCAGCUGCAUCAGCACUGGCGUUUUCGGUGGGAGCAAUGGUCCCAUUGCUAGCAGCAUCGUUUAUAAGGGGGUAUAAGGUGAGGUUAGGAGUUGUGGCCGCGGCUGUGAGCUUGGCUUUGGUGGUGUUUGGGUGGUUGGGUGCUAAGUUGGGGAAGGCACCAGUUAUGAGAUCAGUGAUGAGGGUUUUGGUUGGAGGUUGGAUGGCCAUGGCUAUUACCUUUGGGUUAACCAAGUUGAUUGGCUCAAGUGGGCUAUGAGACCCUUUGAUCUAACACGCCCAUGAAUAUUGUGCUACAAGAUCUUUCGUUAUUUUUUCCUGUUGGAUUUUGUGUAAUGAAAUGUAAGAUGUUCAUUGGAAGUGAGAUGUAACUUCUUAAAGAAAUGAAACGCAUAAUUGUAGUAUGAGAAGUAAUUUCGUACACUUCA